AUGGCUUUAGUCAGGGAGUUUGCGAUUAGGUUUUCAAUUGGCGAAUUCAGAGGAGUGCACGGGCAGAUACGGCAGAUACGUUGCAAUUCUAGCUCUCAAAAUAGAUGGUUGAAACGACAGUCCAAUGACUACUAUACGAGGGAAGCCAAAAUUCGGGAUCUGAGGUCCAGAGCGGCUUUCAAACUAAUGGAAAUAGACGAUAAAUUUCGAUUAUUUGCAAAGAAUGGAAGUCAAAGAGUACUUGAUUUGGGUUUCGCUCCCGGAGCCUGGUCACAGGUUGCCAAAGACCGCAUUGGCUUCAAUGGAGUAGUCCUUGGCGUUGAUAUAUUACCAUGUGAACCACCAAGCGGAGUAAGCUCGAUUCAGGCAAACAUCUUGUCUAAAAAAACACAUGAAUUGAUACGACUUUUUUUUUUCAAACAUUUUGAGUUGAAUCAUGAUGAUAAAUUACAUCCUGAUAAGGGCUAUUUUCAGCAUAUGCUGGAAGAAGAGCUUACUCAUAAAGAGGAUUUUCGAACUUACAAAGAAGUUUUUACUACCGACACCUUCGAUGAUUCCGUAGCUGCGGAACAGAGCCAUAAACUUCCCAUUGAUGUAAUUAUCAGUGAUAUGUAUGAACCUUGGAUUCAGACUUCUGGAUUUUGGAAUAAUCUUACUAACUUUCCUUAUUAUAGGAUGGCAAAUACCUCAGGGUUAGCUAUUAGGGAUCACUAUCAAUCAAUUGACUUAGGCGAUGCUGCUCUCAUAACUGCAAUAGAUCUUCUUAAGCCGAUGGGCUCGUUCGUUUGUAAACUCUAUACAGGUAAAGAGGAUAAGUUAUUUGAGAACCGGCUAAGAAAGGUAUUUAAAAAAGUGAGCCGAAUUAAACCAGACGCAUGCAGGACUGAAUCCAAGGAAAUAUAUUUUGUUGGUCUGGGAAAAAGGGCAAAAACUAACAAGAUAGAUGUUUUCUCGUAG